GGUGAGACCUGGGUCAGGGGGCUUGAGGACUCUGCUGGCUGGCGGACAAUGAAGAAGAACAAGGCCUCCACCUCCAGAAGGUCAGAGAUCCAGAACAUCUACCAGUGCUACUCCUCCGGAAGGAAUACUCUGGCCGCCUCCGCUCUCCUCAGGUUCCUACACAUGGAGCAGAUGGAGGCAGCAGCCAAUCAGGAGACAGCGGAGGGCUUGAUUGACAGAUAUGAGAUUGAGGAGACAGCUAGAGAGAACAGAAGCAUGACAUUCGAGGGAUUCUACAGAUACAUGGAGUCUAAAGACUGUAGUGUGUUUGACCAGAUACACACGUCUGUGUACCAGGAUAUGGACCAGCCUCUGUGUCACUACUUCAUCUCGUCUUCUCACAACACUUACCUCACUGGGGACCAGCUGGUCGGCAAGAGCACCCUGGAUGCCUAUGUCAGUGCGCUGAGGAGAGGUUGUCGUUGUCUGGAGAUUGACUGCUGGGAUGGUCCUAGUGCAGAGCCUAUAGUCUACCAUGGUCACACUCUGACCAGCAAGAUCCUGUUCAAGGACGUCAUCACUACCGUGGGACAGCAUGCCUUUGAGGUGUCUCCGUACCCAGUGAUCCUGUCCCUGGAGAACCACUGUACCCCGACUCAACAGGAUGUCAUGGCCCAGUACCUCACCUCCAUCCUGGGGGAAAAACUGCUGGCCACCAGCCUGGACCUCACCAAUCAGCCUGGACAACUGCCCAGCCCUAACAGGAAGAAGGCAGCAGUAGUUGCUGAGUCUCUAUCUAACCUGGUGGUCUACACCAAGUCAGUGAAGUUCCACAGCUUCAGCCAUGCCAGAGAACACCAGCAGUACUAUGAGAAUACCUCUCUGGGGGAGAAAAAGGCACACAAGCUGGUCAAGACCUCAGCUCCAGAUUUCAUCCAGCACAACAUGGUGUUCAUCACCAGGAUCUACCCAGCAGCCUCUAGAACCCUGUCCUCCAACUACAACCCUCAGGGGUUCUGGAAUGUGGGCUCACAGAUGGUGGCUCUGAACUUCCAGUCGUUGGGCCUGCCCAUGGACCUGAACAACGGGCGUUUCCAGGACAACGGUGGCUGUGGUUACGUCCUCAAACCCCUCUUCCUCAGAACCAAUCAAUGGGGCUUUAAUCCAAACAGUUACCGUCACAACCUGAAGCCAGCACACCUACUGCUGAAGGUUAUCAGUGGCUCCAACCUGCCUGUUCCGCGGAGCGGCAAGGCCCUGGACCCCUUCGUACGCGUGGAGAUCCACAGUGUCCACUCAGACUCCUGCAGGAGACACACAGACACUGUCAGACACAACUCUCUGAGCCCUCGUUGGGACUCGGCCAUGAACUUCACCAUCUCUGUCCCUGACCUCAGCCUCAUCCGCUUCACUGUAAGAGACCAGACAGGACUCACCUCUGAGUUUAUAGGACAGUACACCAUCCCCUUCAUCAGCAUGAAGAAAGGAAAUGUAGAGUUGAAUCUGGGGUCCACCGUCUGCAACACAACAGUUAAGAUACGAUGCGUAACAUUUUCCUCUAGGGGGUGCUCUUGAGACAAAAAGGUUCCCCUGCCUAAAUGGACAGAAAUACUGCCCAGAAACUUCCUCAUUGAACACACAGCCCCCCCACCCCAAACCCUUGCAAAAUGAUGUCACCCUAUCAUUUUAGGUCAUCAAUUGGUAGAUUUAAAACAUAAAGAAGCGUAACAUUUUAUAUUUGAAUCAUUUAGCAUACGCUCUUCUCUAGAGCGACUUAUAGGAGCAAUUAGGGUUUGCGUGCCUUGCUCAAGGGCACAUCGGCAGAUCUUUCAAUUAGUCGGCUCGGGGAUUCGAACCAGCAACCUUUUGGUCACUGUCUCAAUGCUAGACUAGCUGCCGCUCGUAAAGGAGUGGUGCUUAAAGAAACAGGACAUUACCUCUUUCUGAUUUCACAGAGUUGGGAGUCCUGGUCUUGGGUCCAUCCAGAAACAAACAGCACACAUACUCAUUCUGUAGACGGCACAAUUAAAUAUGCUUUAGACCAUGGGUUCAGUUCAUGGGAUUCAAACUGUGGAGAUCAAACCAUGACAGCCUUUUCCGUGACUAGAAUAAGAAGACGAAUUAGAAGAGGAGGAAGAAGGAGAGGAGGAAGAAGAGGAGAAGGAGGACUAGAACUUACGCCUUUACAAGGUCCUUCGAACAGUUCCUUCAGAUACUUAUUCAGCAGGGACAUUUUCCUGCCUGGAGUGAACGACAUCUUGAACCAUUUGGGGAAUCUAACCCAAUAAUGAAAAGAGCAUGAAUAAAAUAGGAAUUACAUUUGAUUGAAUGUAAUUCACAUGAAAUGGGACAAACCUAUGUGUGUCAAGGAGCGAGUAGACGGUGUCAUUCAACAGUAUAGUAGCUCAGACUCACUGU